AUGCUCUACACAAUGACAUGUUGGCUCCCGGUCCUGGUCCUCCACCUGGUCCUCCUGAGCCCCCCGCGGGCGGCUGCCUGCCCUGCCCGCUGCGAGUGCGCCCCGCAGAUCAAGUCUGUGGUGUGUCACCGCAAGCGGCUCACCUCCAUCCCCGAGGGCAUCCCCACCGAGACCAAGAUCCUGGAGCUCAACAAGAACCGCAUCCGCUGCCUGAACCCUGGGGACCUCUCCCCAUACCCACUGCUGGAGGAGCUGGAUUUCAGCGAGAACAUCAUCUCCAAUGUGGAGCCGGGCGCUUUCAGCAACCUGUUCAACCUGCAGACCUUGCGGCUGCGGGGGAACCAGCUCAAGCUCAUCCCUCCGGGGGUCUUCACCAAGCUGACCAACCUCACCCUCCUGGACAUCAGCGAGAACAAACUCGUCAUCCUGCUGGACUACAUGUUCCAGGACCUGCGCAACCUGAAGAGCCUGGAGGUGGGCGAUAACGACUUGGUGUACAUCUCCCAACGGGCCUUCUCGGGGCUGCUCGGCCUGGAGCAGCUGACCAUCGAGAAGUGCAACCUGACCUCCAUCUCGGCCGAGUCUCUCUCCUACCUCCAGAACCUGGAGGUGCUGCGUCUCCGGCACCUCAGCAUCUCCGCGCUGGAGGACCAAAACUUCAAGAAGCUCUACAACCUCCUGCAGCUGGAGAUCGACAACUGGCCGCUGCUGGAAGACGUCUCCCCCACCAGCUUCCAGGGCCUGAACCUCACCUCGCUCUCCAUCACCUACACCAACAUCACAGCUGUGCCCGCCGCUGCCUUGAGGAACCUGGUGUACCUCCGGUACCUGAACCUGUCCUACAACCCCAUUAGCACUGUGCUGAAGGGCUCCUUUAAAGACCUCAUCCGGCUCCAGGAGCUCCACAUCGUGGGUGCUCUCUUGGUGUCCGUGGAGCCGCAGGCUUUCUCUGGCCUGAGACAAAUCCGGCUGCUCAACCUCUCCGGCAACUUCCUCUCCACGCUGGAGGAGAGCACCUUCCACUCCGUCAACACGCUGGAGACGCUGCGGGUGGACAGGAACCCUCUGGCCUGCGACUGCCGCCUCCUCUGGAUCCUGCAGCGACGGAAGACGCUCAACUUCGACGGGCAGCAGCCCAUGUGCUCCUCACCACCUGAAAUCCAGGGCAAUGCCCUGCGUGACUUCCCGGACUCCGUGCUCUUCGAGUACUUCACCUGCCAGAAGCCCAAGAUAAGGGAUCGGAAGCUGCAGCACGUGACAGCCCGGGAAGGGCAGUCCGUGUCCUUCCUUUGCCGGGCGGACGGGGAACCAGAUCCCUCCAUCGCCUGGGUGUCCCCGCAGCACCGCAUGAUCACCACCCGCAGCACGGGGCGAGCGACCGUGCUGCCUGGGGGCACCCUGGAGAUCCGCUUCGCCCAGGUCCAGGACAGUGGCACCUAUAUCUGCAUCGCCAGCAACGCAGGGGGCAACGACACCUACUUCGCCACCCUGACGGUCAAGGGGCACCCAGCUGACAGAUCCCACUACGCAAACCGGACUUUGUACCUCAGCGAGUUCAACGACACCUUCCACAAUGACACACAGGUCUUCUUGAAGUUUACCUUGGACCUCAAGACCAUCCUGGUCUCCACGGCCAUGGGCUGCAUCACCUUCCUGGGCGUGGUGCUCUUCUGCUUCCUCCUCCUCUUCGUCUGGAGCCGGGGCCGAGGGCAGCACAAGAACAACUUCUCGGUGGAGUCCUCCUUCCGCAAGGUGGACGGUCCCACCACCACCACCGGCCAAGGAGGAGCCAGGAAGUUCAACAUGAAGAUGAUCUGA